UUCAGGUUCUGCCACUUGCAGGGAAAACAACAACAGAAAGGAAAUUAAGGAACCAUCCCUACAGUUUACCCAGAUAGUCCCAGAAGGGCCAUAGACAUUGUGUCCCAAGGAGAAAAGCUGCAGGCAUCUGAGGAUAAACUACUGCAGAACUACUUUGACCAUAAAGCCAACCUAGAAGACUUUGACUCCAAGGUAUAAGGUGAUUCGGACACCCACAAUAUUUGCCGACUCUUUUCUAGAAAGUCAAACCUAAUCCAUGAAAUGGAAUGAAGCUGAAAAAUCAUCUACUUCUUUGUGAAUUUGAGAGAAGAUUGGGAUGGUCUUACGUGCGCAUAGUUAGACUUUAACUGCAGCGAUGAGUUCAGACGAGAAGGGCAUAUCCCCUGCUCAUAAAACAGCCACCCCAACCCAUAGAAGUGCCUCCUCUUCAGCAUCCUCCCAAAGGGACAGCAGGCAGAGUAUCCACAUAUUGGAGAGGACUGCUUCCUCUAGCACCGAGCCCUCUGUAAGUCGGCAGUUGCUAGAACCGGAGCCCGUCCCUCUCUCCAAGGAAGCUGACAGCUGGGAAAUUAUAGAAGGGCUGAAAAUAGGCCAAACCAAUGUCCAGAAACCAGACAAACAUGAAGGCUUUAUGCUGAAGAAAAGAAAAUGGCCCUUAAAAGGCUGGCACAAGCGUUUUUUUGUCCUGGAUAAUGGAAUGUUAAAGUAUUCUAAGGCACCACUUGAUAUUCAAAAAGGGAAGGUCCAUGGGAGCAUAGAUGUUGGACUCUCAGUCAUGUCAAUUAAAAAGAAAGCUCGAAGAAUAGACCUCGACACAGAAGAGCACAUCUACCAUUUGAAGGUGAAAUCCCAGGACUGGUUUGAUGCAUGGGUCUCCAAACUGCGCCAUCAUCGGUUGUAUCGUCAGAAUGAAAUUGUGAGGUCACCAAGAGAUGCUAGUUUUCACAUAUUUCCUUCAACCUCCACAGCUGAAUCCUCCCCAGCUGCAAAUGUUUCCGUUGUGGAUGGAAAGAUGCAGCCAAACAACUUUCCAUGGCAGUCCCCUUUGCCCUGCAGCAAUAGCCUCCCUGCCACCUGCACGACUGGCCAGAGUAAAGUGGCUGCCUGGUUACAAGACUCGGAGGAGAUGGACAGGUGUGCAGAAGACCUUGCACACUGCCAGUCAAACCUUGUGGAACUUAGCAAACUCCUGCAAAAUUUGGAAAUACUUCAGAGAACUCAGUCAGCACCUAACUUUACUGACAUGCAGGCUAACUGUGUAGAUAUUUCAAAGAAAGACAAGCGGGUCACAAGACGAUGGAGAACAAAAAGUGUCAGCAAAGAUACAAAAAUACAACUGCAGGAAGGGCCACCUGCGAAGGGCCAGUUCAGCACUACACGGCGCCGGCAGAGGCUAGCAGCAGCAGUGGCUACAACAGUACCUUUCAGUGCUACCAUGUCACCAGUUCGCUUGCAUUCCUCCAACCCCAACCUUUGUGCAGAUAUUGAAUUUCAGACUCCUCCUAGCCACCUCACUGACCCUCUGGAGAGUUCAACGGAUUAUACAAAGCUGCAAGAGGAAUUUUGUCUAAUUGCACAGAAAGUGCACUCUCUUUUGAAGUCUGCAUUUAACAGCAUAGCUAUAGAGAAGGAGAAGCUGAAGCAGAUGGUUGCUGAGCAAGACCUUGGUAAAGGCCACAACACACAAAUGGCGCGGCUCCGACAGUCACUGUCUCAGGCACUCAACCAGAAUGCUGAACUAAGGAGUCGACUGAACCGAAUACAUUCAGAAUCUAUUAUUUGUGAUCAGGUUGUCAGUGUAAAUAUUAUUCCUAGCCCUGAUGAGGCUGGUGAGCAGAUCCAUGUCAGUCUCCCCCUGUCACAGCAAGUAGCUAACGAGAGCCGCCUCUCCAUGUCAGAGUCUGUUUCUGAGUUCUUUGAUGCCCAAGAGGUGCUUCUCUCUGCAAGUUCAUCUGAGAAUGAGGCUUCAGAUGAUGAGUCUUACAUCAGUGAUGUCAGUGAUAAUAUAUCUGAAGACAACACCAGUGUUGCAGACAAUAUUUCUCGGCAAAUACUGAAUGGAGAACUUACAGGAGGGGCCUUCCGAAAUGGGCGUCGAACAUGUCUGCCAGCUCCUUGUCCUGACACCAGUAACAUUAACCUGUGGAAUAUCUUGAGGAACAACAUUGGAAAAGAUCUAUCUAAAGUCUCCAUGCCAGUGGAGCUAAACGAGCCACUCAACACUCUGCAGCAUCUCUGCGAGGAAAUUGAAUACAGCGAGCUUCUGGACAAGGCUUCAGAAACCGAUAAUCCAUAUGAGCGCAUGGUUCUCGUUGCUGCAUUUGCAGUUUCAGGAUAUUGCUCCACCUAUUUCAGAGCAGGAAGUAAGCCAUUCAACCCAGUCCUUGGCGAGACUUAUGAAUGCAUUCGAGAAGACAAGGGAUUCCGAUUUUUCUCAGAACAGGUUAGCCAUCAUCCCCCCAUUUCUGCCUGCCACUGUGAAUCAAAGAAUUUUGUGUUUUGGCAAGAUAUCAGAUGGAAAAACAAGUUCUGGGGGAAGUCAAUGGAAAUCCUGCCUGUGGGAACACUGAAUGUCGUACUUCCAAAGUAUGGAGAUUACUAUGUGUGGAAUAAAGUCACCACAUGCAUACACAACAUCCUCAGUGGAAGAAGAUGGAUAGAGCAUUAUGGAGAAGUAACCAUUAGAAAUACCAAAAGCAGUGUUUGCAUUUGCAAACUCACAUUUGUCAAGGUAAAUUACUGGAAUUCUAACGUGAAUGAAGUCCAGGGGGUAGUGAUGGAUCAGGAGGGGAAAGUGGUACACCGGCUGUUUGGGAAGUGGCAUGAAGGACUCUACUGUGGUGUGGCCCCAUCAGCAAAGUGCAUCUGGAGACCAGGUUCCAUGCCAACCAACUAUGAGCUCUACUAUGGCUUCACGAGGUUUGCUAUUGAGCUCAAUGAGUUAGAUCCUGUACUGAAAGAUCUCCUUCCACCGACAGAUGCCCGAUUCCGACCAGAUCAAAGAUUUUUAGAAGAAGGAAAUUUAGAGGCUGCAGCAGCCGAGAAGCAAAGAGUGGAGGAACUACAGAGAUCUCGAAGACGAUACAUGGAAGAAAACAAUCUCGAACAUAUACCAAAAUUUUUUAAAAAAGUGAUUGAUGCCAAUCAAAGAGAAGCUUGGGUUUCUAAUGACACCUACUGGGAGCUUCGAAAGGACCCUGGGUUUAGCAAAGUAGACAGCCCUGUUCUUUGGUAAACUGGGAACGUAGAGCUAGCCAACAUAUCACACUCUGAAUGAAUAAAUAACUAUGCACAAUUAUGUUUCUUAUAGCUACACGUGGUUUCUGGGUCGACUGAAAACCUACCAUUUGCUUUUCUAUUCAUCUUUAUAAUGGACUUUCAGAAGUGCAUUAGACAAGGCCCCUAACCACUUUUGGAUCCUUUCUGUUUUGCUGCAACCAUAUUCCUUAAAAAAAUCCAUACCCUCCUUGGAAAGCAGAAUAAAAGGAGCAGAAUAUAAAAUCCAAAGUCUGAAGAGUUUGUAAAGAAACACAAAUGGUAACCGGUGCUUAAAGUUGAUCAAGAGAGUUAAAAACAGCAUACAAGCCUCGUGGUGGGUCCGUUGUCUCGAAGCACCAUCCCCUUGUCAUGGGAGCCACAGCAGUCGGUCAGUGCAGACUUCCGGUGUGUCUGUUUGAUGUGGUGUGCUUGUGCUGGGCUUGUCAAAAAAGACAUAAAGCUUCUCAGAACCUGUUCCAUCUGUAUCCCAUUGUUCAUGCCUUAAGAAAUGCAAAGAUGUACAAUAAAUCAUUUUUUAAACGUGUGUUCUUAGGUUUAUGUGAAGAACAGAUUUUUUUUUGAAUCAUAGCAUGAUUCACUUUCUCGAUCAGAACAAUUAUGAGACUAACUUGAAUGGAUUUUUAAAAGUGAACAACAACGCGUGCUUUACUUUGCUAAGUCCAUUACUAUGUGGUAUGUCUGAAGGGCAAGAAGGAAAGGUGUGCUAAGUAGAUCUCUGUGUUCACGUUGCUCGUUAAGUUCCUGUCCUGCGUCCAGAUAAUAAACUUUCCCUCUUCCACCUAA